CGUGAGCAAAUUUCAAUAUGCAAGGCUUGGAAACGCUUGGAAACACAAGUAACAGUUAAAAGAGAUGCUUUGAACAUGGAACUUCCAACUGGGAUCAGAAAGUUUUUAUUACUAGUCAGUUUGGUGGCCACUGCUGACUUAAAAAAUGUAGCCAGCCUGUCUGUGAGCUUCAAAAGGACUUCGGAUUCUGCCGUACAUUAUGGUCAGUUUGUUGGCAAUGCAUUUUCAAAGCUGAUAACUUCAUCGAUCGCUACAUUGCACGUUGCAAGUCUUGGUGAAUGCACCUUUGAAUGCAUCAAAAAUCGUGAAUGUUUUUCUGUAAACUUCGGUGAUCAAACCCAAGGAAAACACAUUUGCGAACUGCUAAACGAAGACAAAUUCAAUCGAUCGGACAAGUUUGCCCCCAGCCAUGAUUUUCACCAUUACAAUCUAAAGGUAGGGGCGGUCGUGUUAUUAUUAUAGCUACUUUCAUUUUCCUACGAGAAAUAAGCUAUCGAUACGUCGAUUAUUUUCAGUUGGUGUUUGCAAAGGCUGUGAAUUUGUUACUGAUUCUACUCCACAGUAGCGCAUCGAAACAAAUCACUACCGUUGAAAUUGUUAGUACGCGGACUCACUUUAAAUUAAUUAACAUAUGACAGUUGACGUCUGUAGAAGUGCAAAAGGGAAAUUUUGGGAACAAAGAUAGCGAGAAAAAAUAACAUCAUGUUUUCCAAUCUGCACGAGUUUCGCCAAUUUUGAUGAAAUUAUAACGGUGACAAAUCCAUCUUGAAUACAGGCCCCAACAAGAACUGCCACUUUCAUCAUUGCUCGUAUUGAUCUUGGCACUAAUUAGUUCCAUAAGGAGAAUUAGGCAAUUAUUUCCUUUCAAAAUAUAUUAGGGAACUUUUGAAAAGGAAUCUUAAUGGUAAUCAUUCAUCUGUUUUUAGUAUACAGUAUUUCAUUUACUGAAGAGAUGAGUGAAAUAUAUUUCGGACCCAUAAAAGAAACAAUUUAAAUUAAAAGCAUCUAGCUAGGCAGGUGUAUAUCUUAUGUCAAAUCUGUCAAAAUAUAUUAAAUUUAUAUCCUUUUUUGUUUGCCUAAGACUUGGAAAUUACGAAGGUUGAUAAUUUUUACUGGUCAUAGGGUCCGGAGUUCACAAAAACAGAAAAAACAAUUUCCCCGGGACAAAAAUAGUUUUCCCGAGCAUCGUUCUCCUUUUCUUUCGAGAACAAGUCGAUUCACAAAGUCGAAAUUAGUCAAUUUUGUCAUAUGGAGUCGGCAACAACCACAACUGUAGCUAAAUCGCGAUUAAGGGAGUGGCGUAAUUGAUGAAUUUACGCCACGUUUAGCAGGGAAGCGUAUAAGCACCAUUAUCUAAUCGCUUUAGUUAGCAAACUAGGUUAAACGAUACAUUUUCAAAACGUUCAGUAUAUUUGUUUUGUAAAACAUAGUCAGUUACAUGUGCUAGUCAUGGUUUCUAAUCAGCAUGAAAACAAAUUCAGCCUAUUUUUCGAAUUCAGUUUUGGUUUGUUAUCUGUCUGAAUCAUCUCGUCCCAUGAUCAUCUUUGCUCCUUCUUUCGGUAUAUUUCUCUCUUUCAUCGUAUUUUCUUGGUUCAAUCUUUAUUCAAUUAUUCCUUUCUGAAGUAAUAUAAAGUUCUCGGUAGUAGGUAAAAAAUCAUUUAUUAUUAAAAGGAAAACAAUGUCGAAUUGAAACCACAAAUAAAAAAACCAAAACAUUUUCAUUGAGUUUUUUAAAAGUUUCAGAUCAGGUAUAAUGAUCGCAAUAUUUGUCAUUUUGUUAAGUGCAGUAGUAGCGCAUCAACAGUUAACUUAAUCUUUAACCUUAACCUUAAAACGUUAACCCUACUCUGAAUUUGCAGCUGCAUGUUUUCGCCUCGAAAAAUUGUUGCAAUCGGCAAUUAUUGUAGGGUAAUUUACUAUUUUCUACUGAGUUGAUAACGUAAAUUGGCCACUGUGAAGAGUUUUUUUUCAUAGCGAUAGACGAAGGGCUAACGCUCGAAACUUCAGCUUUUAAACACUCGUCCAAAUGACAAUAUUCAUGUUCAUUUUUGCGUUGAUUUAACACUGUUAUGCUGAUGCAUGUUGUCGUCUCUGGCGAACAUAUUAUUCGACGAAAAAUAUUUAGAAUAAAAAGUGAAAGCGAAGUGAAACAAAGAUAUCUAAACAGGGUCUGUUCUUCUCUAUUGACAAUUGAAGGGAGGAUUAAUUUUAAAACGUGUAUGAACUAAUUGGAGUAACUGAUGCAAAACAUUGUUAGAGAGAAGAUUGUUUGGUUUGUUAUUACGCAACCAGUUUGACGCACUUAAAGCUCUUGCAGAUUUGGAAGCUCUUUCACUUAGUGACCCUGCGAUUCUGAUGUUCAUCGAUUACCUACUAACGAAUAGAUCUUCCUUUCAACAUGCGCAUAAAAGAUCAGCACAAGACACAAAUCUCCGUAAAGUAAACCGCAAAGUAACACAAAAGUGUUAGUUUUAAAAUUCAAUCACUCUGUCAAGGAGAUAAUGUUUUUCGAUACUGAAGAAAAGUUGGUGUCUGAUCAAAUUCAGUUUCGUUGAUACCUAAUUGUCAUCUAUUUCCUCGCUGUUCUUUUCAAGACGCCGUGCAUGUCAAAUCCAUGCAGAAAUGGUGGCACUUGUCAGCCGAUUUAUGACAAAGACGAUUACCAAUGCAAAUGUCCAUUUAAGAACCUGAGUGGAAAAAACUGUGAAGAUUGUAAGUAUCAGUAGAUUGUCAUUAACCUUCCUUCUUCUUCUUCCUCCUGCCCUCACUCUUUUUAUUGGUCUGGUCUGGCCUAGAUUUUGGUCGACGAGCAUGUUUGUGUCGUUGCGUGAAUCCAUGUUGAAUAUUCGUAUCUGUAAAGUCAGCCGUUUGUGAGCAGUAUAAGUGGUUACCCAGUGCAACAUUUUAGUCUUCCGUUGUCGAUUUUAGUGUUAUGCAACGAUGAAACCCUAGACAUCUGCACACAAGUGAUGAAAUCAUGGGAGGUGAAGUCUGCUGAAUCAAACAAAGUCGUUUUAAACAACUGUAAGGAUGCUGACAAAAUUCAACGCGGAGAUGAAAUUAUUUUUAUCGCAACCAGAGGGAAUCUAAGCAAUCAUGGCAAAUACGAGAUCAUGAAGGUGAACAACAUUACUGGGUGAGUACUAAUAAAGUUCCUGCUACUAUGCGUUCGACGUCUUCCUCUUCCUUCCCCGCUAACUACUUUUAUUCCCGUACGUCGUCUUAGUCACCUGAUACGAGUAUUAUGAAGAGAGCUUGUAGAGUAUUCCUGCUAUAACAGGGGCUCUGUCGUCAUCAUCGUCUUCCUCAUUCCUCCCUUUCUCUCUCCCUCUACACCUCUCCCUUCUUCUUCUAAUUCUCCCUCUUCUCUUUCUUUUCCUCCUCUUUUCCCUCCAAUCUUCUUCUUCUUCCUACCACUUCUACCUGUUUCCUCGGUUAAUUCUCCUUUCUCGUGCUUCUUUUUUCGCCUCUUCCUCCAACUCCUCCUCCUAUUCUUUGUUCUCCCUCCUUCCUCCUCCUCCUUCCUCCUCCUCCUCCUCCUCCUCCUCCUCCUCCUCCUCCUCCCUCCUCCUCCUCCUCCUCCUCCUCCUCCUCCUUCCUCCUCCUCCUUCCUCCUCCUCCUUCCUCCUCCUCCUCCUCCUCCUCCUCCUCCUCCUCCUCCUCCUCCUCCUCCUUCCUCUCCCCUUCUCCAUUAUCCUUUCUUCGCAUUAUUAUUCAUUUUCUUCCUCCUUUCCUCCCUCACCAUCCACUCCUUCGUUCAGUCCCCUUCAACUCUUCAUCCUCCACCUCCUCCUCUUUCUUCCUUUUCUUCUCUUUCUUUUCUUCUUUCCUUUUUCCAAGUAUUUUCCUCAUCCCCCUGAUAGGGCACUUUCAAGUAAUAUAAAUUAACAUUAUUUUUACAAUUAUGGUUAUUUGUUUAAGCUGUGAUCUCACAUUGACCAAAGCCUUUACUCAGCCUGUUAAGUCCAGUGACAGUUAUACCAUCGCCCAAUUAUUUCCAACGUUCAAAAAUGUCACCCUCUGGAACAAGUGUGUUCUGACAUGUCGAAUGCAAGACAGUGGUCAAGGAGGAAUACUGGCUCUGAGAGCAAAAACGUUGAGCAUCGAUGGAACUUCAGUGAUAUCAACCACUGGUCUAGGUAGACUGCACAUAAUGUUGAACUGUACUUUAAUGUUACACUCCAAGACUCCUUGCACGACAAAAAAUUUGAAACGAUAAAACUUUUCAAAUUUAUCGUACAUUGUUUUAACACAAUUUCAACAUAACAAGCCUUAAUGCAGCCUGGAGGCACCGGCAGCGAAUGAGGGUUGUUCUCGUUCAGGCCAACAAGAAUAACUAGCAAUUAAUUUUGGGUUGCAAUGCUAACUAAGUUAGAGCUUAUUUUCAAGAGUUGAGAGUUCCUGAAAAGGCAAAGGUUAUCAUUAAACGUUAUUUCUGAGAUUAAUGACUUGAUUUUAAUUUCCUUCGUAGGAUUUCGUGGUGGGCAAGGCGGUGACUCACGGGGUGGGGGCGGGUAUGGUGGCGAGUCUUUCUUGUACCUUCAGACAGGAACCAAUGGGAAAGGAGGAGAUAUUAGUGGAACUUCGUGGGGCAUAAACACAAAUGGACUUGGAGGGGGAGGUGGAGGGGAUGGUGAUGGUUAGUUGUGUUAUACUUUCCUUACCAUACACAUCAUUUACUAUGGAUGACAAAUUUUUUAAUAUCAAUGGUUGGAAAAACGUUUAUGAUAAUUAUGAUAACUGUGAUAUUUGCUCAUAUUUAGCCUCACAGGGUGGACCUGGAGGAUACAACUCUGGAGGGGGAGGAGGUGACUCAACAGUUAAUAGUGAUGAUGGCGCAGGUGGAGGAGGAGGCGGUGGACAUUUUUCUGGUGGUGGGGGUGGUGGUGCCGGAACUGGUUGUGGCGGUAAGGGAGGUACAGGAGGAACAGCUUCAACUGUUGUAAGUCAAUACUCUGUUUUGCUGUUUUUUGUAUGUUUGUCAUAUGGGAUAUAAAUCUAGAUGUAGCUUCCGCCUUUCCCUCGCAGAUAAAUGCGUUCGCUGGUGGUGGAGGGGUGGCAGCCUGUACAGCCGGGAAUGGUGGAAGUGGAGGUCAGCAGGGUCAGCCUGUUCAAGGGGACUGUGCUACAGCUCGCAGCGGAACAGCAGGGACUGGAAAUAGAGGGGGCGAAGGAGGUGAUGAAUAACAAAAGUUAUUGACCUUUUUAUGCUCAUCAGAGAUUAAAUAUGAACCAAUUCAGCCUUGUCUCUUGAUGUUUAAGAACACCAACGUCAGUCAUCGAUGAAGUAAACAAUGGAUGGGAAAGCUAAUGACUCCCAGGCCAGAAAAAAUCGAGCAGGAUUCUUUUCAAAUUGGGAGAAAUUAAUCCAGUGAUUUUGGCUAUCUGUGUUGCUCGAACGUAUUUGUUUCAAGGGUGAUUCUUUUCCAACCACGGUAUCAUAAGGAAAUAAUCAACUAUAUAAGAAUAUAGUUAAAAAAAUGAAGAAACAUUUCACUCCUGCUACUCGCAAGAGGAUGAAGAGUCAGUUAGCAUUUAUUGUGUCUUUAUAUUUGAGGUGACUCGUCGUGUCAUCCUGCUUAUGGUGGGGGAGGAGGAGGAGGUGAGUAAACUGAGAUCAAAUGAUGUUGAAACAACGUUUCCCAUUUUGAAUGAGGAAGCUCAUCAAAGUACUGAUCGGACUAACAAACGCAGCUGAGAUACCGAAAACACUACCCAGCAUUCGUGUCUACGAUGGAAGUUAAUUGCCAAGUCGAGUUGGCGUAGUGAGCGAUUAGAAAAAAUGAACAAUCACAAAACAGUUACAGUCGUUAUUACGUCAUGAAAUGUCAAUAUCAUUCAUAGCUUUUCAUUUAGAUAAAUUUGGUUUUGAAAAACUGUCUUUUCUCUUCACAAACUGUUGCAUAUCUCAUUUAGGUGGAAUGCAGUUUGGCAACACAGAUUUCACCAAACGACUAAGCUACGGUGGAGGAGGGGGUGGUGGAGGUGGCUCAGCAUUUACAGAUGAUACCAACUUGGGGGGGAGGGGAGGAAAUGGAGGUGGCUUGGUGUAUCUUCUUCUUGAGGAGAUUACGUUGGAGGGGAAAAUUGAAUCGAAAGGUAAUAAGUAACCAGAUAACUGUUGAUCACAGGAAAUCCAACUCAGAACAUGCAUUGUUUUGAUUACUCUCUAUUAUAACCUAAUCAUUCUCCAACUAAGUGCUAUUGUAUCGCCAAUGUUCCCGCUGUUUUCUGUUUUCUAAUCCUCCAGGACAAUCAGGGGAAUGCCUCAACAUGAAGGCACAUAGAUCAGCUCCCGGGGGGAGUGGUGCGGGUGGAAGUGUCGUCAUCAUUACAAAAUCAUUACAUGGCAAUCCGGACAGCAAAAUUCAAGUUGACGGUGGUAUCCCUGUGAAUUGUGCUUUUGGAACUGGAGGAGGUAAGCUAAAUCCUCAUCCGUCCCCAUCCAUUACAAAUGCAUUCUUAAAUACAUUUUCAUGUGUAUUCAUGAGGAGUAAAACGUCCGUUGAAAGUUCUUAGGUAUCAUCAAUAGAACUGAGUCACACUACCUUUUUACCCGACAAACUGACUGACUGUCUUAUUGAUUAACUAGCUAACCGUACUCAACGACUCACUAACUGACUCACUAACUGACUCGCUAACUGACUCGCUGACUGACUGCCUCACAAACUGACUGCCUCACAAACUGACUGACUCACUAACUGACUGACCGACCAACUACAAUUCUGCUAUUCUUAAGUUGGUUGGCCGGAGUUAUUAAAUCAUUUUUCUUUCUCGUCAUUUAGGUGGCGGGGGAGGUGUAGGCCGCUGGCUGAUAAAAACACAAGACUCACUUUUAAAUUCUGGACAGUGAACCGUGAAAUAAACACAGCUCUUGAACAUACAUUCGUGACCACACGAGAUGAGUCAUUCUUAAGGAAAAGACAGCCUGUCACAUCCUUCUAUGUUUUCUUUUUUUUUGUCUUUUUCAUGCAAUCUCAUGUAAAACAAAGGGAAACAUUCAAAGAGGAGGAUACAUCAUGUGACAUGUUUGGCAUUACAGCUGGUGCGUUUGAUCCCCAGGUGGUCACGCACAAAAGACAGGUUAACAAGUUCAAGUUGUGCUCGGUUCACAAACGAGAAAAUUCACUACCAUUAAAGUCGUUCCUAGUAAAAAAUAUCUUACCUUCAUCACAGCUCUUCCGGCAGAAAAUUACGAUUUUUAGGCUUCUUUGUAGACUUCUUACCAUUUCUUUGAUUUUAUGUUAAGGACUUAUAUUUAACGUACGCAUGAAAAGGCUGGAACUCUUGAACACUGCUCUAAUCAAUUCUCCUUGAAACAGAAACUCGACUAGUUGCUUUUAGAAUAACUGUAGAGAAAAAGACUGUGAAUAUAUGAAAAUCAUGUAUGUGAACUGCGGUUGAAGAAACGAAUAUGAAAGCGAUCCUCGCAGUUAUAAACACUAAUUAAGCGGUGGUGAAAAUAAGGUCCGAAAAAAUCUAAGCCUGUACGGGAUUUGAACCCAUGACCUCUGCGAUACUGGUGCAGCUCCUAGUUGGCUUGUUAGCUCAGUUGGUAGAGCGCUGGAUGAGAUGUAAUGGCCGUACCUACUCAAAUCGGGUGACUAAAAGACUUCCUUCUCGCCUUUCAGAGUUCAGAAAGAUGAUUGACCUGAGGAGUUAGACCAAAAGCAAUCAAUAAAUAGUUAGCCUUUCAACAUAUGUUAGCCUUUCAACCCUGACCCUAAAAUCAGUUGACGGAGUUUGGAAACGUCAUCUUCAAACAUAUUUCACAAACCCGUGAACAAAAAAAUGUCUGCCUUGAAUACAAAUCUAGGUUGCACAAUAUAACUUGGUACCUUUUACAUUUGCGGGCACAAAAAACGUGAGUGCAAAUAAAAAUAGAACUUCUUUGGGACGAAGAUUAUGCUGAGAAGCAUCAGUUUCCUCAGAUAAAGGUCCGGUCAUUAUUUUAUCUCUUGGGGAGAGGGGGUGUGGAGGAUUUUUGUUUUGUCAUGAUAAACUACUAUUAUUAUAUUAUGAUCUCGCCUCAUUGAGAGUUAAUUGACACUUCAUGCUUUGUUGACCUCAACUGAUCACCCUUCCGUUACCUUCUCCCCCCCCUUAAAAACCAUAUGAUCUUUGCCCCGCGUAUUCUCCGCCUCCCUCCCUUCUUCCCAGGCGAUGAAUAAUGAAUGGUCCUUCAUCUGAUGAAACUAAUGCUUUCAAGCGUAACCUUAUGACCCAGCAUUGUGAUUAUAAAAGGCCUCUUGAUACCCCCUUGUGGUUAGCAUCAGAGUACAGUUCAACCUGAUCGUGAAAUCAUUCUCCGUACCGACUCCGUCUGUCAUCAAUCAUGAUAAACAGUGCACAAGCAGCUGAGGGUUACCGGCAAAUUUCUGCUACGAUACAAAGAUCUUUGGGCAGAAAAUUAAUUGAAAAUGUUCAACCAUGCCAUGGAAAUGUCAGCUUGGAUUUAGGAUGUGGCACCGGAGAACUGUCUGCCUAUAUGGCGGAGCUCGUAGGGAGAGAUGGAAAAGUUGUAGCCGUGGACCCUGACAUUGCUCGAGUGAAAUUGGCCCAGAAAACACACGGAGGAAUCAGUAAUCUUGCCAUUCAAGAAGGAAGCGCCUCAAACUUCCCAGGAAUAGGAUCACAGUGUUACGACGUUGUCUUUUCCAACUUUGUGUUUCACUGGAUUCAGGACAAACAUGAGGCCUUAAAGAACUCGUUUCAGAGCCUUAAACCAGGCGGGAAAAUUCUGUUGUCGUACGGAGAUUCAUUGGCUAUCAUGUUUGAGCGCUUUUUCAAAGAACUUAUCCCAGAAAACUGUGACACUUUAUUAAGCAAGUGGCACUUCAUAGAGAAAGCAAAGAUAGAAGAGAUGUGUGCAGCUGUCGGCUUUGAUAUUGUGAAGAGUUACGACGUGAAAAGUGAUGCCUAUAUAUUUGAUAACGAAGAAGGAAUGAUUUCGUUUUUCUGGGCAAGUUCACAUGGCUUGUUUGAUCCCAAGCUGAUAAGAAAAGACAGGCUGGCAAGUUUCUGCGCUCGGUACACAAGUGGAGAAAAUUCUUCACCAUUUAAGUUGUUUCCUGGUGAAGGUGAUCACUAUUGUGUGUUGGUUGCAGCGAAACCGAUAUAA